UAUAAAUAGCUAGACAAGUUACUUUUGGUUUGCUGGAAUUCUCAUUUUCUUCGUUCUUCGGCGCAGGCGAUUCUCCUUUAGAGACCGAGUUCUCCUUCGGCGUCGUUCUAAUCCAAAGAAGUUGGCAGUUGAAGCUGCUGCAUCUGCAGUUUGCAAAAGUGGAGCCUCUAAAGUUGGAAGCAUCUUUUAUGUCUGAACGGGCUUCUCUCUUUCAAUCAUCUAUCGGGUUGUUAGGAGAGUACUGUCCUAUAUCCAGAAAAAGGAGUGGUCAUACAUCUCACAAAGAGGGUGGUUGUAUGCAUCUGGAAUCUAUUGAGGCUUACAACACUAGCAGCUUGGGUUUCCAUUUGUGCUUCUACUGAUAGAUAUUCCCUGUCUAUUGGGUGCUUGCUGCUCAAAUCACAAUGGCUUUGCAGAACAUUGGUGCUUCCAACCGUGACGAUGCCUUCUACAGGUACAAGAUGCCAAAGAUGGUUACCAAGAUUGAAGGCAGGGGCAAUGGCAUCAAGACCAAUGUGGUCAACAUGGUUGACAUUGCCAAGGCCUUGGGAAGACCUGCUUCUUACACUACAAAGUACUUUGGUUGCGAGCUUGGUGCCCAAUCCAAGUUUGAUGAGAAGACUGGAACUUCACUGGUGAAUGGGGCUCACGACACUGCCAAGCUGGCAGGACUUCUCGAGAAUUUCAUCAAAAAGUAUGUCCAGUGCUACGGUUGUGGGAACCCUGAAACCGAGAUACUCAUCACGAAGACACAAAUGCUCCAACUGAAAUGCGCAGCUUGUGGGUUUAUCUCGGAUGUCGAUAUGAGAGACAAGCUCACUUCUUUCAUCCUGAAGAAUCCUCCAGAGCAAAAGAAGUCAUCGAAAGACAAGAAGUCACUGAGGAGAGCUGAGAAAGAAAGGUUGAAGGAGGGUGAAGCAGCUGAUGAGGAGAUGAAGAAGCUCAAGAAGGAGACUAAUAAGAAGAAACCCACCUCAGGUGCUCCAACAAAAGACAAAGCUUCGAAGAAGAAAGGCCAAACGCAUACGUCUGAUGAAGAUCGCUCCCCUCCCUGCAACCAAGCUGUUGAUGAACUCAAACAAGCGGGCAGUGAUGAUGACGAUGGCGAUGACAUCCAGUGGCAGACCGAUACCUCUCGGGAGGCGGCCGAACAACGGAUGAAAGAACAGCUCAGCGCUGUUACAGCUGAAAUGGUGAUGCUGUCUACAGACGAGGACAAGAAAAAGACUGCGGCUGAGAAGAAGCUUCCGCAAAAGGACAAGCUUGUCAACGAGAUAAAAGAGCUUCUGAACAAUGGUUCAACUCCAACCCAACUGAAAUCUGCCCUAGCCUCACUCACCGCCUCACCUCAGGAGAGAAUGGACGCUCUGUUCUUGGCAUUAUUUGAAGGUAUAGGGAAGGGCUUCGCCAAAGAAGUGGCGAAGAAGAAGAAGUAUAUCUUAGCCUCGAUGAUGGAAGAGGAAACCGAGACAUCGCAGAAGGUAUUGCUCGAGGCUUUAGAGAAGUUCUGCGGGAAGGCGAGUGAGGAGGCAGUGAAAGAGGUGGCACUUGUUCUGAAAGGUCUUUAUGACGAUGACGUGUUGGAGGAAGAGGUGAUUCUCGAUUGGUACAAGAAAGGGAUUUCCGGUGGGAAAAGCUCGGAGGCGGUGGCGAUGUGGAAGAAGGUGAAGCCGUUCGUGGAGUGGCUUUUGGAUGCCGAGUCGGAAUCUGAGACGGAGGAGUGAGUUAAUAAUAUAUAUACCGAUUACGGUCUAUGGAUUGUGUUGUGUCUGGUCCUAAUGUCUUAAGGGUUUGGUAUUUGAAUAAGUGUUAGAGGACAUGAAUCUGGCUGGGUUUCUCUCGUCUCGGUUGGGUGUUUGUUUGCUUGUUUUUUUUUAUAUCGUGUUUGAUGCACGUCGUUUCUAUGGACUUGUGGCUGGCUGUUGGAUUUCUUCUUCUUAUUUUUGUUUGGGUUUAUUGUCA